AUGUAUGAGGAGGAGCUGAGGGAUUCGAUUGGGCAGUUAGAGCGGGAUCUGCGCACUGCAGACAAAAACCGAACGGGCUUCUUGCUGCAGAACGACUUCGAGAUGGUUCUCCGCCGCAAUGGCGGCUCAUCAGAACAGACGGAGGCACUCACAGAGCAGUUCCGCAUAGGAGGAAGUGACUGUAUUAAUUACGUGGAACUCUUAAAAAACAUGCGUUCUCUCGCAGGGAAUAACAUGCCCUCACCAACACAAGAAAGCAGUAGUAGCAAUACUGUAGAUACUAGAUCCGUUUCGCCAAUCUCUGAUGAGAAUGAUAUUGUGAACGGAGCAGUAAAUUUUCCAUCGCGAGAAAAAAGGGUUUUGCCCAUUACAGCUUCAACCACUUCUUUGCGGAAAAAUAAUUCAUCAAAUGAUAAUUCACCAUACAAUAUGAUGGGAAUGACUAAGAGUGGUAAAAGAAGAGAUGAUGAUAGUUUUUACACUUCUCGUGCUUCUACUUCUUCACGUAUGGCGAAUAUCCCUGCAACAGAGGAAUCCACUAUGAGAAGUCCUUUUGCCCUCUCAAACCGCCGAGAGUCCGCUAUAGAGAAAAGUAAGAAACAACAACAACAACAACAUGAAGAGGAAAAGAACAGAGCCGCACACCCACAUACCGUACGAGAUAUGAAAACAUCAAGUUUUGUAGAAUACGCAGUGGAACGUGCCUCUUCCCCAGUGUACCGAGCUUCUUCUGUGGAGAAAAUGGUACAACAGGCAAAACUACGAGCCCAUUCUGAGAGUUCUACGCCACAACAGUCAGAGACCAAUAAAAACCAGAUGAUGCGUGGAGACUCUUCAGAACAGAGACAGCGAGAAUUGUUUCUAUUCCCAAAUAGAGAGCGCAAUAAUGUUUCCUCUGCAAAACAGAUACAGACUAGAGAAACUCCAACUCCAACUCCAACAACAACAACAACAACAACAACAAGAAAAGUAGUUUCCACUGUAAAGCCUACAGAAGAUGUAGGUAAUUCUUUUUCUAGAAGUAUACAUACAAAUGAUAGAAUAACGCAACAUAACAUAUCUAGAGUGAGCCAUGGAACUUCUUCUACUGUGGGUGUCUCUGGACGUGGGGAUUUAAUUUCACUUCGUGAAGUAUUCCGUGUUAUCGAUCAGAAUCAAGAUGGAAUGGUUACACUACGGGAAAUAUGGAAUGCUUUACAUCGCCGAGGUAUUGAAGUACAUAUGCCAGAAUUAGAGGCAUUAGCAGAUUCCUUAGAUUUAGAUGAGUCUGAUAUGAGUGAUAUUAUGCUUGGUAAUGGAGAUGACAACAGUAUUGAUCGCGUACUCAGCAGUGUAGACUUUUGUAUGCUCGUUUCACGCAUGCGUUCAAGUUUAAUAGAACGUAUUCGUCGUUCAUCCCUUUGGCUUGCAGGAGCACCGGAACCAUCACCACCGCCUGUACCACCAAUAUCUGUUCUCACUCAUAAAGGACUUGAAACAACAGAUAAGAACCAACCGCAUGAGAGCGCCAAAUGGAAUGCUAGUCAAAGUGGGACAUCACUCUUAGCAGCGUGUGAAUUCACACCGUCACCACGGAAAUCAUCAUCGCCGCAUGCUUCCUAUAAUUCCAAAGUGGAUGUAUUAUCACAAGAUAAUGUGAAUAGCUUUAGUCCCCCACCAAGUGUACAUACUAGUGUUACUGUUACCCAUUUAGCAGAAUCAGGAAUUACUGAGACUCCACAGGGACGCAGUACAAUAGGGACAGCAGAUCAUCAACCACCUUCUGGAUCAACAGUGUUUGUCUCUCCUUCGCCAGAGAUGGAAACAGCACGACAACCACAGGCGGCACCAUCAAUGCGUAGUGUUACAAUGCCACCAUCAUAUCGUUUUACGGAUGUUGAAAAGGAAACUGAAGUGAUAUCAACAAAAGUUGGAGAACAGAAUUCUCUGACAGCUUCACGCUCAGAGAGUCCACAUCCUUACGAGGUACCAAUUGCACGUGGACUUCAGAAGGAUACUGAGUUUAGUGUACCACCGCCAUAUUUGCCUCCUACGGAAAAUCGUAAUGGAACCCGAUCAUUUCGUACAUUAGGUGGCUCAAUUGGGUCGUCCAGUGAAAAGACGAAUGAUCAUAUGAGUGGAAAACCGUCAGUAUCAGAGGACUACGCAGCAAUUCAUAGAGAACUUUUAGCACGACGAAAACAACGCCUAGAGGAAGAGAACUUUCUCAGACGUCUAGAAAUGGAGUUUCAGGAGAGGUAUUCUGAUCUUUUAAAUGAUACAAAUACAAAUACAGAUCCAACACAUGUGCAACGUUUUGAUGUUCCAGAUGAAAUGGAGAUUCACCAAAGUGAUAAAUCAGCCCAGCGUGUGAAAACACAGCGAGAGAUAGUGAACUACGAUACAAUAAGAAAGGAUACUCAUGAAGUGGCCUCUCGUUCUGUCUCUUCCUCACGAGAUAACUCACCUCUAAAUAGUAAUCCUGGGACGGUUGGGAGACUUUUUCAACACACUGCUUCAUCCCUGGCCCAUGAGCGAGAAAAGAAGAUUAAAUAUAUUCCCCCAAAACGUACAACAAGUUUGGGUCGGAGUAGUAGUUCUUCUAUGAUUCAAAAAAGUAAUGAAAAGGGUUCUAGAGAUGAUGUUGAGUCUAUUGACUCUUUGCAAAGGAGACGAAGAAGUUUUAGUACCAGUGAAGAAUCCGUCUCUGUAGUUCGGCAACGCUAUACUUCCCAAAUGGUUAAGCCCCAGCAAAAACGACAAUCUCUCACUACCUCUGUUGCUGGUAAACCUUCUAUGCAGCGUAGUGGAAGUAAUAAGAACGUCUCGCGAGGAAGUAUAAGAAAUGUGCAGCCGAUUUCACCCUCCAAGGGUGAUGUCUCAACACUAUCACAUCACCACUAUCGUACAAACAGCAUGGAAAGCAAAUCCGCAUUGAUUGGUAAAAGUGAAUUGAAUGAGUCGGAACCUGCCGUUGUGCGGGUUUCACUUAUUCCAGAUACCUCACCAUUAUCACCACCAACACCAACACGAGUCUCUGCAGCAUCAGUAGAUAAUGGGCGUAUAGGGCGUUCCUCAUCAGCAGGUAGUAGGAGUCCAUCUAAUAAUGCGGACUUAUCUACACAACGGCAAAGAAUGCCACUUCCGGGUAUACCACCACUUCCACCUAAUCGUUCACGUACGGUAGAACAGAGUGGUGGUGAAAUAGAUAAAGUUAGGCAUCCUCAAAUCUCAAAAAGUAUAUCAGAGAAACUUUAUGGUAAGUGUUCAUAUUUACUUUCUCUCUGUAGCAACUAUGACCGUGCACAGGAUGGAUUUCUCACACCAAAAGAUCUUGGACGUGCUCUCUAUGCUGUUGCACCUGAUUUAACGGAAAGUGAAAUAAGUGAAUUACUCUCUAUGGGAUUAUCACAAGGGAAAAAUGGUAAUCGAUGUCACUAUGUAUCUCUUGUAGGAGACCUUGUAGUGCAGGAAAGUUAUGUGCAGUUACAUGAAAGAAUCCCAGAAAGUAACGAAAGUAAUAAUAAAGAUAAUAGAAAUAGUAUGGAAGACAUGGUUAACGGUACCAAUGUUAUUCCAUCAGAUCAUCCGCGGCAUAUUGCUACUCCAUCAUCUAUUUCACAUGCAUCUUCAGUAAAUGUUUCACCACGGCGAAAAGAAAGAGGAAGUGUAGAGGAUUCCUUCCUUGAGGAUCGUGUGAAAAAAGGAAGAUUAAAAAUGAAUCGAUUGGUGCGAGAAGAACUACUAAAAGGUUGUGGUGGUGAUUAUCAUUUGCUGCGCAAUGCCUUUUUUGCCCAUGAUGACAUCCGCACUGGUUACCUUGAGGAAAAAGUACUGCGAGAGUGUCUCGUCCGACUGUUCCGAACCGAACAGCGUCUUAUGCCUCCGUGGUUGCUUGACCGCUGCGUGCGUCUCUGCCGUACACCAUUUGAACGUGAGAUGAUUGCGGCCUCUACUAAUGCUUCUACUGCUUCUACUAAUACUACUAAAGGUAUCUCAGUAGCAGCGGCCCCGCCUCCGGACUCUACUGAAGAGGAAGCGGCACGACGCCGUGUGCAUGGAAUUCCCGAGGUACUUUGGACUGUCUUGUGUGACUAUCGUUAUUUGUUGGAGGAACUGCGUUUAUAA